AUGUGCAUAAAGGCYGUGCAUAUCGAAUUAGUUAGUGAUUUGUCAACAGACGCAUUUCUCGCURCCUUCCGGCGUUUUACGGGAAGAAGAGCCAUUCCGUCCCACGUGUAUUCAGAUAACGGYACUAACUUUGUUGGGGCGAACAAUCAAUUAAAGGAUUUAUAUGCCUUAAUCAAUUCCGACGAAUAUAGGACGAAGAUCCACAAUUUCGCGACCGACCAAAGAAUAUCGUGGCAUUUCAAACCCCCACUCUCACCCCAAUUCGGAGGUCUAUGGGAAGCUGCCGUCAAAUCGUUCAAACAUCAUUUCAAACGAGUUGUAGGAGAAACUUUAUUCACGUACGAAGAGUUGAAUAMCUUYGCUGUCGAGAUUGAAGCCAUCUUGAACUCGCGACCGUUGUGCCCCAUCUCAUCAGAUCCAAACGAUACGACAGCACUAACACCUGCUCAUUUUUUAGUUGGAAAACCACUUUAUAUGCUACCGGAGGAAAAUUAUGAGAAUGUUCCAUCCAAUCGGCUAUCCUCAUGGAAACACAUCACGAAGGUGCGGCAGGAUUUCUGGCGACGAUGGCACAUUGAAUAUUUGCGCGAACUACAGAAACGUCAGAAAUGGACCAAUUCACAGUAUCAACUCGAGGAGGGUAUGAUUGUCRUUCUCAUCGACAAAAAUCAACCCUGUAUGAGAUGGCAACUGGGACGGAUCACCGCCGUGCACCCUGGAGAGGACGAGGUAGUUCGAGUCGUAACCGUGAAAACGAUACACGGAACCAUCAAGCGUAAUGCCACCACUGUGUGCCCUUUAUUAAAUAAUAGUUGA